GGUCAGUCUGUCACUGUCAAAAGUUAUCAGUUAGGCUAGCUACGAUUUAGGUUAUGUUAUAAUUUUGCAAUAUCCUCCAUUAAUUUUUAUUUUAAAUUAAAUCGUACACUGUUCUGAUAAACACAAUCAAUGGAAGACUCUGUGACAGAUAAAAGGCCUCAAUUUGGGAACAGGCUUUUAGAAAAUGCAGAUGAUGUGUUCAAACAUAACGCGUGGGAUAAUGUUGAGUGGAAUGAAGAACAAGAAAAGGCAGCAAAAGUAAAAGUGGAACAAAACUCCCAAGUUACAUUUGCUGAAAAUGUUUUGAAGGACUUGGACGAAAAUGCUGAUAAGCAUUGGGAUGCGUUUUACAGCAUACAUCAAAACAGGUUCUUCAAAGACAGACAUUGGUUAUUCACCGAGUUUCCAGAACUGGCACCGGACAACACUACGGCACCACAAAGAGUUUUUCCCAACACCGAAACUCAAUCCACAACUGCACCUAUCCAACCAUCUGCAGAUACCUCAAAUCAAACUGAAUCUAAAACAGACUCAAGUAACUCUGUUAAACGGUACAUAUUUGAAAUCGGCUGCGGAGUUGGAAACACAAUAUUUCCUAUUCUACAAUACAGCCAAGACCCAAACCUGUUUAUAUACGGCUGUGAUUUUUCAUCAACUGCCAUUGAUAUUAUGAAAGAGAAUGAGCUGUAUGACACUAAGAGGUGUGAAGUUUUUGUUCUGGAUGCAACUGCAAUGGAGUGGAAUGUGCCGUUCAAAGAAAGCUCUAUUGAUAUAAUUGUGCUUAUCUUUGUUCUGUCAGCUAUUGAGCCUGGAAAGAUGUCAUCAGUUGUUCAACAAAUACACAAAUACCUAAAGCCAGGUGGACUAGUCGUCUUCCGCGACUAUGGUCGCUACGAUCUCGCCCAGCUUCGGUUUAAGAAAGGUCACUGCAUAUCUGACAACUUCUACGCCCGAGGUGACAAAACUAAGGUCUACUUCUUCACACAAGAAGAAAUAAAGAAUUUAUUUACAACGGCUGGUUUUACGGAGGAACAGAAUUUGAUUGACAGGAGAUUGCAAGUUAAUAGAGGAAAGAUGCUGACUAUGUACAGAGUGUGGAUUCAGGCGAAAUAUAGAAAGCCUUUAUAA